AUAGAGAGCUACUCAUCAAGCUCUACUACUUUCUUCCCGCUCGCCUCCUAGAACCUUUUUUUUUAGGGUGCGAGAGGGGAACACCAUAGCCUGUUGUCGUUGCGCCACCCCGCUUCCUUAGUCCCAUCCGCCGGACCAUCCUUUCCUUUCGCCAUCAAAACCACGAACUUCGUUUCCUCACAUUCAUCCCGCUUCCCGAUUUCUGGUUCGUCGUCCACUUCCAGCCAAGCGAUGGCGUCGGGCUUCGGCAUCCACGGCGGUCGCGGCCGGUGCUAUCCGGUGUGGCUCGACUUCUCCGAGUGCAUGUCGCAAUGCCAGGACCCGCGCGAGUGCGUGCCGCUGCGGGAGGACUACUUCGAAUGCUUGCACCAUCGCAAGGAGUUCACGCGGAUGAACGCCAUCAGCAAGGAGAAGCAGAGGCAGCUAAAGGAGGGCGACCAACCGAGCAGUGAAGGCAACCAUGGUGGCUCUGGUCAUCACUGAUGCAAGCUCAGCUGCUGUCCUUCGCUUGCAGCUAUGGUGCAGACUAAUGUUGAGGCUUGGGAAUUUAGCUUGGAGAAAUCCAGCAGGACUCAAAUCUUGUUCUGGGGUGGAUGUGGCUUAUCUAAAGCAGGAUUCAUUUACAAUUUUACUGCUUUCAAAUUAACAGUACCUAACAUCCUAAUGGCAUCAUAUCAUGUUCGCU